ACAGUAAAAGAGACAGCGGCGUGUAAGUGUACGGCGUGAGUGUACGGUACAUCAGUGCUGACAGGAAGUCAGCCGGAGGUUUGAAUGUAAUCUUUGGGUCGACACCAAAAGUGGCCACACCUCCUGAUUGUGUCCACGAGUGGUUUCAUUGAGCGAAGUUAAUGUCCUCGCCCCGCUGUAGGAGAGAGGUUGCCUGCUGAGCGUUUUCCUCGCCUGAACACAAUGGACUGAGGGCCUUUCUUAAGAAGUUGUUCCUGAAGACGUCUUUCUUCAACCAGCCAAAAGGUUUUAACUCUCCCUUUAAAAAAAGCACAGGUCACAGGUCAAAAGAAACCCACUAAAGCCGAACUCAUGGAUUGGAAAUUCCUCGAGGGGCUCCUCAGCGGAGUCAACAAGUACUCCACUGCCUUCGGACGCAUCUGGCUCUCGGUGGUCUUUGUCUUCCGCGUGCUGGUCUUCGUGGUGGCCGCCGAGCGGGUCUGGAGCGACGACCAGGGACACUUCGACUGCAACACCCGCCAGCCGGGUUGCACCAACCUCUGCUUCGACUACUUCUUCCCCAUCUCCCACAUUCGCCUCUGGGCUCUGCAGCUCAUCUUCGUCACCUGCCCCUCCUUCAUGGUGGUGCUGCACGUGUUCUACCGGAAGAAGCGGGACCGCGAGUACCGAGCCAAGCACGGCGAGGACACCGGGCUGUACGACAACCCGGGCCAAAAGCACGGCGGCCUGUGGUGGACGUACCUGAUGAGCCUCUUCAUCAAGACCUUCUUCGAGAUCACUUUCCUCUACCUGCUGCACUACGUGUACGAAAGCUUCCGGCUGCCCAGGAAGGUGCAGUGCGACGUCAAGCCCUGUCCCAACCUGGUGGACUGCUACAUAUCCCGGCCCACCGAAAAGACCGUCUUCACCUACUUCAUGGUGGGGGCGUCCGUCGUGUGCGUGGUGCUCAACGUUUGCGAGAUCUUCUAUCUGGUUGCUUUCCGGAUGGUGACCUUGAAGAGGACAGGCAGCGUCCACACCUCGUCCAGGAAGGUGCACCCGAACGCGAACGACUGCAAGUCCUCUCUCGCCUCUUAAAAGGCGAUCAGUAAUUGUGGUUCGGCCUCUAGCUGACACACAAAUAGGUGUUUCCUUUUUCCCCUUUGAGGGCACAUUCAUUUAAAAAGUCAAGCUGAACCGGGUCUCCUUUUCCCGCUGAUUCAGCCAAUACUUUUUAUAUAAUUAUAUUGUUUUUUUGUUUGAAACAGUAUGCUUUCUGAGGAUGUUGUAAUAUUUGUUUCCAUUGAUCUAAAGAUCAUAUUACAGAUUGUGUCCAUGAACAACAAUCAAAACUGACAUCAUUUGUUUUUUCUAUUCCCCAAAAAGUAUAAACAUUGUCAAAGCACUGAAAACAUUUCUGACCACAUAAUAAAAUCCCAGCAUGGAUAAGA